AUGUCAUCUCUUUUCCACAGUGAGGAUAGUGAGGACGAACCCUUCGACCCGCAGCCCCCGUCCAGGGAGAGAGAAAGAUCCCACAGUAAGACCAAGAAGAACCGCAGGGAGCGCCGCCAUGUUGACCGAGAUUCAGAGAGCACAGAAUCAGCCUCUGUGCUGCAGCCACAGAAGGGGGCGGAGCCACAGACACAGGCUUCAGAGGAGCCGGUGGCGGGGCCCUCAGAGCCGGGAUCAGAGUCGGCGGCCGGCAGCGAGUCAGCAAGUUCUCCCAGGCAGCGACGCUCUGUGAUCCGGGACCGCGGGCCGCUGUACGACGACCCGUCACUGCCCGAAGGCUGGACCCGCAAACUCAAACAGAGGAAGUCUGGUCGCUCAGCCGGGAAGUUCGAUGUCUACCUGAUCAACUCGGACGGUAAAGCCUUUCGUUCCAAAGUUGAACUUAUCGCCUACUUCCAGAAGGUCGGCGACACGACCACCGACCCAAACGAUUUUGAUUUCACUGUCACCGGACGUGGAAGUCCCUCCCGCCGCGAGAAGCGCCCCCCAAAGAAAGUCAAGGUGGUGAAACCAUCAGGUCGAGGACGGGGGCGUCCAAAAGGCAGUGGGAAGAUGCGGCAGGCUACGGAGGGCGUGGCUAUGAAACGUGUGGUCGAGAAAACUCCGGGCAAACUGCUGGUCAAGAUGCCCUUCGGCAAAGCAGAAUCCUCCGCUGGCACCACCUCUACUGCCUCAAAGGUAUGAUCAGUCUGUCAUUAA